AUGGGUACGUGCAGACAAGCUCUCCUGCUGCUGCCCCUCUCACUGGGGGUGCUGACCCGGCCCCUCACAGGGAGUAACGUCACCAAUUCUUCCUCUUUUCUGCGUGCUACUGAAAGAGAGACAUCAGUGUGUGGACGCCCCCAAAGCAGAAGCCGAAUUGUCUCAGGGCAGGAUGCCCAGCUGGGGCAGUGGCCAUGGCAAGUCAGUCUUUUGGAGAAUGGAGUACCUGUGUGUGGUGGCUCACUCAUUUCUCCAGAUUGGGUGCUAACAGCUGCCCACUGUUUAGAUACGGCUCUGGAUCCCUCAUAUUACUCGGUAGUACUGGGCUCUAUCUUCCCCUACCUAGCAGAUGCUGAUGCACAGAGUCGAAAAGUGGUCCAGGUCAAACGACACCCCAAUUACCAAAAACAAUCUGGACCUGGGGACAUUGCUUUGGUUCUAAUGGACUCAUCAAUCAACUUCAACAACUUCAUACUCCCCAUCUGCCUCCCAGACAGUGAAGACCCACCAGCGGAAGGGACUCUGUGCUGGGUGACUGGCUGGGGACGGACUGGGGAAAACCAACUCCUCCUUCCACCUUACAACCUGCAAGAAUUGGAGGUGCCCCUCAUUAGCACCAAAGUCUGUGAUGACUACUACCACCAAGGAUCAGAAAUCCCUGCCUCUGAGCCCAUAAUCCUGUCUGACAUGAUUUGUGCAGGCUUCCCUGAGGGCCAGAAGGAUUCCUGCCAGGGUGACUCUGGAGGACCACUGGUAUGCAAUAUUGAUGGAGUCUGGUUCCAAGUUGGCGUUGUAAGCUGGGGAGAUGGCUGUGCCCGUCCCAAUAGGCCUGGAGUCUAUACCAAUGUCGGUUACUACAAAAACUGGAUCCCAGACCUAGGAGAUGCUGCUAAACCCACUAGGCUGUUCCUCCCUCUUCUGCUGCUACCGGCUCUAACUUUAUUGGGGAAGCCCUCCCUUGCCUUGGAGAUAUGUUAAAAGUAUGGUCAGUCUUCCACCUGUCACCCCACCCACCCCCAGUUCUAUAUCUCAAUCUUCUCACCUAAGGGUCACCAUUAUAUUUUCCAGGCAAGUUGAGAAAAUAAACCUGAAAACCAGCUUUUUUUAAUGUGGAAAAAGACAUAAUUGCAGUGAGGAGAGAUGGUUGGUUCAUAAGGGUGAUGUGGGAGUCUAAAAAGCUAUGAUGAUCUUACAUUUCAUUGAUAGAAAUGAUGUCCAUGUGAGGAAUGCUAACAGUUUGGUUCCCACAGAAUUAAUAAAAAAACAG